AUGGUAGAACAAUUUGAUCUCGACCGACCUCCUGCUUUCGGACGUAGUCGUCUGGGAAUCCUUGAUCUAGCCUGUUUUGUGAAAGCGAUCGAGGAUCAAUGGAUGAAGACAAAAAAAAAUGGAAGUGUGAAAUUCUGUAUAUUUCAGUAUCCAAACAACGAAUUCACAUUUGCUGCGAAGACGUUGGCCGAUAUGAUUCCAUGGGAGGAGAUCGACGCAACCCUCUCCUGCUCGGUCAACGACGUGAAGGUGCCGGUCGCUCUCACCAUUGAGCUACACAUCGACAUCCUGAAGAGCUACGGAUUCAGGCGCCGAGCUCGGUACGAAUAUUCGUUCAUGGAGCCUUCAAUCGAGACGGAUAUGGUUCUGAUAGUAGAGAACAAGGAGCUCUUUGUGAACGCUACGUAUCUUUCAAUGCUUUCACCGUUCUUCCGAUCACUCCAGACCUCGUCACAUCCCACGCUGUACGGAGAAAUUCCAACAGAAACCAUAUCAGAUGUCUCCGCAGAGGACUUUUUGGAACUUCUGAAUGUGGUCUAUCCAUCUCAGAAACCCGUAACUGUUGAAAAUGUGGAAACGCUUCUGAAGCUGGGCGAUCGCUACAGUUUCGAGUGUGUUCUGGUGAAAUGCGAGAACUUCCUUAUCACCACCAAAGCCGAUGAAAUUGAUGUGUUCACACGCCUCGAAUGGGCUAGCAAAUACGCCAUGGCUGAUCUUCAGGAUCACUGUGUGUCAAAGCUGACGAAUGCUGCCGCUGUUGGUGCUGUGAAGAAAACGUUGCUUUACGGCACGCUAUCGCACGAGACAAGGAAAUUAUUGCUUGAACUAAUGCUUAAGUUCAGCAAUAUGUAG